UUCAGUAGGGGGCGGGCAGGGGGUUGGAACAGUGCCCUGAUCAGUGAAUUCUGCAGCCUUGCUGGCCUGAGAAUAUCAUCUUUAAAGCACCAGCCUGGAGCAACAGAGGAAAAUAAAGAGAGAAUGAAGCAGAAAAUGGAAAAGAAACAAACUGAGGAGAGUGGACAAGGAUAAUACAGAAGUGCUGUGGAAAAAAUGGAUUCUGAAGCUCUAGAUAGCUGCAUACAAAACACCUUGUCAGUGCUGUACCCUCCUUUUGAAGCUACUGCAGCUACCGUCCUGUGCCAGGUCUUUGAUGUGGUGGAGAAAACAUACCGUGGAGACGGACUGCGCUAUCUCACUGACUUCUUGGUUCCAUCUAAACACAUCCUGCAGUGUAUUCAACAAGAUGCUUGUUUUCAGUACUGUGGAUUUAUCUUUCGUCAUGAAGGAUGGCCUUUAUGUAUCCAUGAGAAGGUCAUAGUUCAUUUGGCUUCCCUUGACUGGCGUCGGCUACAGCCAGGGGAUUUCUACCUGCAAAUAGUUCCAUAUCUCAAGAAAACUCCUCGAAUUGUAUUAAAAUGUUUAUCGACGGACAAGCACAAUAUCGAAGAGCUGGAAGUACCAGAUGUUAUGUACACUUCCAUUUUCACAAAGGAAUGGUUAGAAUCGAUUAACAGAGAACGAAUGGGAACAAGUUUGGAAUACUGUCUGUUAUCAACUGACAGCACUAUUUUUCGGGUGCCUUGGGAAGAGAUUGUCUGUCCAGAGUUCAUUAGUAGGCCAGAAAUAACUGAAAAAACGCAUGGGAUGAAUCAUACUGGAGCCACUGGUUUUGAAAAAACUCAGGCCACCCAGACCUCAGUUCUGGCUAAUUUUUCAGUAUCAUCCACUUCAGAGGAUAUUGUUGAGCACAAUGAAUCAGAAGAAACGGAUUUGAGCAGGACUCAUCAUUCUCACUCUGAUGCUGUUAAUAUGCUGGAUAUUUGUGACAAUAUGUCUGAAAAGUCUGAUCAGGACCUGGAAGGGGACUAUGUUGAACUGGCUGAUGUUUCUUUUCCUAGGUUUUGCCCUCAGAAAGGCUCAUUAACUGAAUCUCUUUGUCAAAAUUAUAGAAAUAUAGAUAAAAACCAUGGAUUGGAAAGAAAAGAAAAACCUGUACCAGAUUGUACAAAAAGCACUUGCACUCAAAGUUUGAUAUGUAAGAAUCUUAUAGACAACAACUUUAACACAACAGAUUCCUGUGAAAUUAGCUUAAGAACCAUAAGUAAUGGGCAACAGAAAGAUUUAAAUGGAUAUGUGUUAUGCAAGAACAGGACUUUGAACCAUGUGGAAGGUAUACCAUCAACAAUUGUCUCUGUUGUGUCUGCAUCAGACAGUGCUUGCUAUAAUCCUAACACGUCCAAUGGCAUGGGCUCAUUAACAAAGGACUAUAGUAGCAUGUUUGACAAAGGUCUUCCUGUUCACAGUCAUAGCUCUAGUCGAGACUCAUCACUAAACGAUGCAGUUCAAUCUGCCUCAGCAUUAGGUUUUGAGAGUAGCUUUGAUACAUUACAAAAAUACAGAGGGAUUCCUGAUAAUGAAUCAAUGCAAACUGAGAGCACUAGUAAAGCUGACUCAUUAAUAUCUAGGGACAUGAGUCACAAUACAUCUGACAUCCAAUCUGGAGAAAAUUAUAGCCCAGUAACUGACAUUGUCCCUGUUUCUAGCACUGAAAUGCAAUCAGAAAGACAUAGUUUUGACUGCUGUGAUAAGGACAAAACCAGACCCACAUUUAUGAACUUCACACACACAUACAGUCCAACAGAGGAAAACCUUAGCUCCCCAUCAAAUGUUUCUAAAGUAAAACUUCCAGAUAUAACUUUAGGGUUUUCUUCAGAGGACAUUGCAUCUGAUGAGAAGGUGGGCACUAGUGAACCAGAUAUAAUUGUCAGUGAGCCUUAUUUAGCAAGUAGUAAUUUAAGGAACACUUCGUCAGAGAAUUUAAAAUACUCUGAUGCUGAGUGCAGUAAAUGUAUGGUUGACACCAAAAAUGUAAGCCCUGUUUUCCGUUUUAUGGGAAAUGUACAAUAUGAUACUGAGCUGUCUAGCAGAGAAGCUAAUGGAGAUAUUGAAAUUGUUACACUUAAGCAUUUAAACAAAGUAGCUCAUAAAGAAAUGGCAACUACAAAUACUCAGUGUUCAUUUUCAGGUUUAUCAUCAGUCAUUUGUAAUGAGGAUGAUAGCUUAACUACAAGCAUUAGUGGCAUGUGUGUUCAGAAAGAAAAUUGCCUCCAAAAUACAACUUACAGAAUGGAGGAAGUACAUCUGCAAUUGUCUGUGCCAACAGAGGCAAACUGCAAGCACAGUGUAGAGGAGGAUUGUCAAAGAAACCAAAGCCAUGCGGAAGAAUGUGCAUACAUUCUCAGUAGCAAUGAUGUGGCUGAUGUGGAAUAUAUACAAUACCAUGAUAUUUCUGAUGGUCUUUCAUGUGAGGAAUACUCUUCUGAAUCACACAUAUCAAAGAGUGAGGAAGGCAGUGUUGAUAAAGGAAAAUUACUGGAGAAUAAUAACCUUUUAUCUACCAUUGUUGGGCAACAGAAGCCAGAAGAUUGUGUGUACAUAUGUGGAAUUGAGCCCUCGGAAAAACUUGCACAGGCUACAGAUUCAUUUACAGUGGAAGCAACUGCCAGAAUAGCAGGUCAUGGUGCCUCACUGGAGUCGCAUGAGAAAGAAGGAAGCAUUUUUGGCUUGGAGAAUGGGAAAGAGGGUUUUCGGGAAGGUACCACAUCCAUUCAAAAGCAGUUGUGUCAGCCUGGUGAUAAAGAAGACAGAUGCACAUUGAGACAUCAGGAAUCCCUGCAAACUUUCAAACCCAGCUAUACAAAGAAACAGUCACUACCAUGCAAAGCACUUGAUUUAAACCAGGAUGUAUUGCAUUCGGGGGUUAUCUUUCCUGGUACAAGAGAUAAAUGUGGACGUGGAGUUGUGAUCAUAACAACCAGAAACACUGUAUGGCUGAAUCCCAGCUGCAACAGCAAAGAACUUGUUAAUCUUCUUUUAUACUUCUAUGCAAUCCUUAGAAAGGAUGUUCAAGCCAUGGGUUUGACUGUACUUGUUGAUGCUCGUAGGUGUUCCCCUGUUCCAGCCCUUUUCAAAGCAUUUAAUAAUGUACAGAGCACUUUUCCUGGCUGCAUCCAUGCUGUUUUACUGCUUGCUGAGAGAGACCUCACCUUCCGCAUGGAAAAACCCACAGCUGUUCAGGUUGAGCUUCUGACAUCUCUAAAGUCUCUGCACAAGCACAUUGAUGGCUCUCAGCUUCCUUUAGAGUUUGACGGAACCUUUCCUUUCUGUUACAGUGACUGGGUGUCGUUUCGCAUGAAACUGGAACAGCUAACAGAGCUCUGUGAGACAGCAUCCACCUUCCUUUGCCAAAUUAUUGAGAGCCUGAGAUCUACCAGAGUGCCUUCAACAGCAGAGGAAGCUGAGUAUGCCUUAAAAGAGUAUAAGGAUCAAAUGAAAAAUGUUUUGGAAGAUAAGCGAUUGGUCAUGUUGCAGCUGGAAGGAGGAUCAAUUCUGUCAAGGCUGAAAAAGGAGGAGUCCUGUGUGUCACAUACAGAUAAUUACAGGGAUGAAAUUGAAACAGUGAUGAGUUUGUACAACCAAGUUGAUGAGUUGGUACAUUGUCUUGUGAUGCUUUCUAAUAAGCACAUGCAGGAGCUGGAGUUUGUUGUUGAGUUCAAAACAUUGGAAGAAGGUUUCAAGAAGGUUUGUGGAUGGAUAGAGGACGUAGGAGAAAGUCGUCUGGGGAACUUUAAUGACCUAGAAGAUUCACUGGAAAGUUUACGUGUGACUCACACCGAGUUCAAGGAUUUCUAUGCAUCUGCAUAUGAAUACUGCAAGACUGGAGAAAAACUGUUAAAGAAACUGGAAGAGUAUGAAGACAUCUCUUCUUCAGAACUGCAGGUUUAUGAAGUUAAAGUUCAUUCAUUCUGGAAGAAGCUGAAGGAUUUUUCUCAGAAGGUAGAGGAUACUCAGGAAUGGAUUGAUAAAACAGUAAAGCUCUAUGAGUUUUUUGACAAGGCUUAUGAGUGGGCUCUGGAGGGUAUGCGUCGACUGGCAAGCAUCACCAUGGAAGACUGCAGCAUGACGGAAAAGUGUGGAACAGUUAUCAAGUGUCUUGAGGAAUAUCACCGGCAGCAUCCUGACAUCUCAGAAGCCAAGUUUCUGGAGAUGAAGGAACUCGCUUGUGAACUAAAAAGUGAGAAAUGUCAGAAGCAGUGGAAGUUUGCCUGGUCAAAGUGCCAGGAAACUAAGCAAAUGUUUGAGAAGAAGCUAGAAGCAGCACUGAGAACAAGGAGGUCCUUACCCAUGGGUAAGAUAGCCUGUGAUGUUGUUGGUUCUGCGGGUAGGAGAUAUUCUGAAGGAACAGAUCACAGCAUGUUAUAUGAACGGAGCAACAGUAUUUCAUUUUCUAGCAGCCAAAGGGUAUUUUCCAGUGGAUGGUCUAGAGACAGACUGGGCUGUCACUCUUCCACUGGCUAUUAUGGAGCUGCAAGUGGUAAUGUUGAGGAUUCCAGUGCAGAAUGUGUUUUCAGCACAACUCCUAUUCUGAACCGGCAUGCAAUCAAUCAGCAAAUUUCAGGUACAUCUACCUCUCUUAUUUGUAGAGUGUCUCCAGACUCUUACAAACUGACUCGUAGUGUUUCUGCUGAUGAACCAAACAGAGAUAUCCAGCCACGCAUUCAGACUAGGACAUCUUCCUGCUCCAGUGCAUCAGGUUCAGGCUAUCAUGGAAAAAGGCAGCUAAGGAAAACUCAAAGUUUUGAUGUUGCUCCCAGUGAAGUAGCACGCUAUGGCACUUGUCAGAGAACCCUGAGUGAGCCAGCAAGGCAUGGAAAUACAGGCGUUUUCAUAAAAGGAUUGGAAGUAAGCAGCACUGAAAUUGUUGAGCGUCCUUACUACAGGCAGCAGACGAUUCAGAACUGGACUCAAGGCCUUGCAGAAGGGUGCAGAAACAGUAAUCCAAUACCUGAUUCUAGAGCUAAAAGCAGCAAACUCAGACACAUUAUAGAAGAGAUGGUGAUGACAGAGCGGGAUUAUGUUCGUUCACUGCGCUAUAUUAUUGACAACUACUUUCCUGAAAUGGAGCGCUUUGACCUUCCUCAAGACCUGCGGGGGAAGCGGAGCAUCAUCUUUGGCAACCUGGAGAAGCUCUAUGACUUUCACAGUCAGUAUUUUCUGAAGGAGCUAGAGAGUUGUUGCAACCACCCGUUACGAGUCAGCCAUUGCUUCUUAAGGCAUCAAGACCAGUUUGGAAUGUAUGCCUUGUACAGUAAGAACAAACCAAAAUCUGACUCCCUAUUGGCCAGUCACGGAAACAUAUUUUUUAGGUUUAAGCAGCUUCAGUUGGAAGAUAAGAUGGACUUAGCUUCAUAUCUACUAAAACCAAUCCAGAGAAUGAGUAAAUAUGCGUUGCUCUUGAAAGACCUGUUUAAAGAGUGUAGUGAAGCUCAAGAGCAAGAGCUUAGUUACCUCAGAGCUGCAGCAGAAAUGGUCAAGUUUCAGCUUCGCCAUGGCAAUGACUUGCUGGCAAUGGAUGCCAUUAGAGACUGUGAUGUUAACCUGAAGGAACAAGGGCAACUUGUCAGACAGGAUGAAUUUACUGUUUGGUAUGGACGAAAGAAAUGCCAACGACAUGUAUUUCUAUUUGAAGAUCUAGUUCUUUUCAGCAAACCCAAGCGAAUUGAAGGAGGCCUGGAUGUCUAUAUAUAUAAACAUUCAUUUAAAACUGCAGAUGUUGGUCUGACUGAAAAUUGUGGGGAAAGUGGCAUGCGCUUUGAGAUCUGGUUCAGGAGGAGAAAAUCCAAAAAUCAAACCUAUGUCCUUCAAGCAAGUACACCUGAAAUCAAACAAGCUUGGACCACUGACGUAGCAAAAAUACUGUGGCAGCAAGCUACUAGAAAUAAAGAAAUAAGAAUGCAAGAAAUGGUGUCGAUGGGAGUAGGAAAUAAGCCAUUUUUAGAUAUUAAGCCAAGUGAUGCUGCCAUCAAUGACAGAGCAAUUGACUACAUCAUGAAAGGAAGAGGGGCCAGGACAAGAGCUUCCAUUGCAGUGUCAUUGUUUGAUCACUCUGAUCCUUUUAAGAGGACACAGACACCCAUUUCAGCAACUGGAACCCCUAUCAUUAACAGUUCUUCCUCCUCAUCAUUAUUGGGGCCAUUGAAUCUGCACAUGUACACAAAUCAGUCACUGAUGUCUGGAGGCGUCCUUACAACUGACAGACCUUUCUGUAUCAGCACCUGUAUAGAAGAGGAUGAACAGGAGCAUGAGACAAGCAGUCAACCUUCAAUGACAACAGAGAGCUCAGAGUCUUCCUCACAUUGCAUGUCUGGCAGUGGCUCCAGUGGUUCAGACAGUGGUUGCGUGUCCAGUAUACUUCCUGAGAACCUUUCAGAGGAACCUGGCUCUCCCUGUGAUAUGGCCUGUUACUCUUAUCCUGCCUCUCAGCACAGCUCAAGCGCCACUUCCCCUCUUGAAGAAAAAGCCAAGUUCAGUAACAGCCAGUACAUUUCAGCUAAAUCAGGUCAAAUCAUAAGCCCAUCCACAGUAGUGUGAGCGCUAGGAUCCCGGCUUUGUUGAGAGUUUGAUGUUUGUCUUCUCUUAAAGACAGUGAUGAAUCCACAUAUUGGGAGAAGUAGAGCAUUUAAUCGACUCCUCGGGACUUUGGUAAAUCUUGAAAAACACUGUACUUGGAAUAUUUGCACUCCCAGAAGAAGCCCAAGCUUUUGAAUUUUUUUGCAGCCCCAAGGACAAAUGUCUGACUGCACAUAUUCUUCUGUUUAUCUGUUUGAACUCAAUGCGUUUUGGCUGUGUAUAAUUUGGAUAUAUUGUACAUAAGUAUUUUAAUAGUUUUCAAUUAUUCCUUUUAUAUUUCAUCAUUUUAGUGGAACACUGUUAGAUAAUUUAAUUGCAGUUUCUAAUCCAUAACUGGAAGAAGGUGUAAACUGUUUACAUGUGGAUAUUUGGUCAAAGUAACAUGUAAACUGUUAGGCCGCCAUGUUCAUAUUAUUUGCGGAAUAAAAGUUCACAGUAAGGUGACAUUCUGUGUCACAUUUACUAAAGAGCCUCAACAUGUGUACAGUAUUGUACAGUUUAUAAUCUUUAUAAUCUGGAAUCUACAUAUCCACGGCUCAAUUCAGCGCACAUGUAGAAAGUCAUUCUAAUCGUUGCUCCAACAUUUGAGGGAAAGCUGAGACACUAGUUUUUUUUUCUUCUGUGUGUUUUUUUUAAUGCAGCUCUUCUACUGCAUGCAACCACUCUAUUUUCAAAUACCACUCUAAAUAUUAACAUUGUGCUAACAUUCUGAUGUGCCUUCUUUUUUAUUUUGUAAAGGCACACUUGAUGUUACUAGUUCACAUGCAUCAUUUUUAGCAGUUCUUGAAUUCUUGUAAAUAAACCAUACUUUGUAGCUGAGCUGCUCCAUGGUUUAGGGAGAUUGUCAUACGGUUACAGAUCUUUUUACAUUUGUAUUAACUAGCAAAGCAGGGACUCAGUAAAGUGCCAUUCAUAACCUGUAAUAAAUUGGUGGUGUUUUUUUUUUUCAUUUAGAGUUGCAGCAGGAAGUGUUUACUGUGUUAAUUUAAAUGUAUUCAAUAAAGAUGAACUGCUUUGCAUUUAA